AUGCCUUCUUUUGUAGAUGCUCAUUGCCAUGUAAGAACUCCUAUUGACGAUACAGAGGACUCGAAGUUUGAAAUAGGUAAUGAUGGAGAAAUCAUACGCUGUGUAAUGUCUACCAACAAUUUGGAUUGGGAAAAGGUCAAGAGGCUAAAAGGUUGUGGAGAUCAGAUAAUUCGUUGUUUUGGCAUUCAUCCCUGGUAUUCCCAUUUAUUCAGUAAUGGAGAUGUUAGGAAAGUGGAACAUUAUGCCGAUGUGCUUGAUUACAAAGAUGAAUCAGAAUUUGUAAAAUUGCUGAAUCAUUUGCCAGAUCCUAUACCUAUAGAACUUUAUAUUAGAAAAGAGUUCGAUACAAAUUCAGUAAUGGUUAUUGGGGAGAUUGGAUUGGAUAAGCUUUUUAGAUUACCUGAAAGCGGUUUUUACACAGAUGGAGAACACCCGCUGUCUAGAGUCAAAGUUAAGAUGUCGCAUCAGAUAUUUGUAUUUACUAGGAUGUGUCAAUUAGCCUCUAAAUAUGACAAACCUGUUUCCAUUCACAACGUGAAAUCUCACGGUCAAAUGUAUGAUAUUUGUAAGCAAGAGCUAUUUAAUAAUGUUUCAAUAAAAAUUUGUUUACAUUCUUAUUCCGGCUCUUUAGAUAGUCUUAAAAGCUUUUGGCUUAAGGAAUAUGGUGCGGAUAGAAUAUAUUUAAGCCUGUCUAAAUGGAUAAAUUUUAAAUCGUUAGAAGAUGCUAAAAAUCUAGUAUCUAUUUUACCAGUGGGUUCCAUACUGACAGAAACUGAUUAUCCAAUUGACACAUUCUCUAGCAAAGAGCUGAAGGAAAAAUUGCAAUUUAUUUGUAUUCAUUUACAAGAAUUUUUAAAAUUGGAUUCAGUCGAUGAAGUGAAAAGCUUGGUAUUGCAGAAUUUUCAAAAUUAUAUUGGCCAAGAGUAA